AUAAGGGAACCCCUAUCAUUUCAGGGCAGUGCUUAACUGUGAUGCUAUUGGUGUACUUUUCUCAAGCUAUUUUGUGCCCUUUAGAAAUAUGGCUUCACUUGAUAGAGUAAAGGUGUUGGUUUUGGGCGAUUCAGGUGUUGGGAAGUCUUCUCUCGUACAUCUGUUGUGUAACAACCAAGUUUUGGGGAAACCAUCAUGGACUGUUGGCUGUUCAGUAGAUGUCCGGGUUCAUGAUUACAGAGAAGGAACACCGGAGGAAAAAACCUUCUACAUUGAACUGUGGGAUGUUGGAGGAUCAUUGGGCAGUGCCAGCAGUGUCAAAAGUGCAAGAGCAGUGUUUUAUAAUUACUUAAAUGGAAUUAUUUUAGUCCAUGAUCUAACAAAUAAGAAGUCUUCCCAGAACUUGUAUCGAUGGUCAUUGGAAGCUCUAAACAAGGACUCCACACCAACAGGCGUUAUAGUUACCAAUGGAGACUAUGAUCGAGAACAGUUUGCAGAUAUCCAGAUUCCUCUGCUUAUCAUUGGAACAAAGUUAGAUCAGAUUUCAGAAAACAAGCGAAGUGAAGUAUUAAACAGGACGGCAUUCUUAGCUGAAGACUUCAAUGCAGAAGAGAUUAAUUUGAUUCUUCUGAAAAUUGUCCAAGAACCUCUGGCUUGGGAUUGCACCUGUCCUCGGCACCUGGGAGCAGGUUCUUCAAAUGCUGUGAAGCUCAGCAGAUUUUUUGAUAAAGUCAUAGAAAAGAGGUACUUUUCACGUGAUGGAAAUCAGAUUCCUGGUUUUGCAGAUAGAAAACGGUUUGGAGGAAAUACCUUCAAGAGCUUCCAUUAUGACUAGCCAUAUUUGAUGUCACAAGAUGAUCUAAGAGACUAUGACUGUCCUAUGAUUCAGUGCCCUAGAAAGGAUGCUGUUUUGCCUGGGGCAGCAUAUGAGACUGUAAACAAGCCAUUCCAGGAGACAUUACAUGUAUUCCAGUGCAACUCAAGAGCUGUUAUUUUGAGUUUUCAGUACUUGCAAGCAAACAUGCCAGUUUAUGGUUGCUGUACGAGCACAAGUAACACAAAUGGAUGAUCUCUUUGGAAAUUGACCGUCUUGCUGUUCCUGUGUUAAACUAGAUGUAUUAUACAGACAGUGCAGAAAAAUGAUUAUCAUGAUAUGAAAACAUAAUGUGAGACAAGAUUGUAUAUCCAUAACAGAACUUAUGUUCAUGCAAAGUAGCAUCUUUUAUUUUUGACUUCUAUAAUGGGUAUACCAAAGCUACAGGAUGGUUUUUCUAGGGCAAAUGUUAUGGUUUAGCUGAUGAUGAUGGUGAGAGUUACUUAUUUUAUUUUUUUAUACAGUUUUUUUGAUUCCUACCUCCACUGCUGAUCCACAGUGCCUUGUGAAUCUUGCCGAUUUGGGGAAGGAAACAUCAUAGUUAAUAUGGGGAAAGGAUUUUCAUUUUUGGUUAAGAAUUUGACUUGGAUGGGGGAAGCAACGGCCUGAGAGAGCUGAGAGUACACUGCCAGUAGGUAUGCAACACUCCAUGAUCCAGGGUGCAUGACCUCUUCAGCAUCUGCCUGACUCACGUGAUAAAGUGGCAUGUUGCAAGUACAGUCAUAGCCAGGUCAUCAGGCACAACAGUCAGUCCCCAUACUGGCACUCCCCUCAAACCAAAAUUGAGGACCAAAAAAAUUGUAUUAAGGUACUAAAUACACUCUUUUAAGAAGAUGUGAUUAUCACCCAGGGCUUCUUAAAUUAAUCUUGGUACUGCACUCGAGUCCCACCCCAAAUGUUCGAGUGCACCCCUAGCAUAUUAUCCCUAUAUAGCCACCUCCUUCUCCCAUCCUAGUUACGGCUCUGCAGGCAUGUGAACCUCAUUAUCCAAACACCAGUAGUAGUUACCCCAGCUCCUCAUAAGGGUAGAGAGCUGGCAUCAUCUGCUUAGUCCCACCACACUCACAGAUAACCCUCCAUCUGUGAGCUCCUAAUCAAUCUCAGAUCAUUUGCAGAGCAGUCUGAUGCCCUGCCCAGUGAAUGUGACAGGAUUGUCAUUUUUAAUCAUUUGUCCUAGUUGUACUGAGCUGUUUCCUUCAUUGUGUUUUAAUACACCAAGCUUGAAAAACAGUUUAUUUUUGCCAAUAGAAUUUCCCCUUCAGAGAAAAGUUAUCUUUUCAGAAGUAUGCUCUUAGAGUACCUUUGAAGCUGUAUGCUUUGCUAUGUGACCUGCUGAAUAAGAUGCCUUAAAAUAUAGUACAGCUGUAUGGUGAAUUGUCUUCAUAGCUUCUUUUCCCUUAGUGACAUGAAAGUAUGGAUUUAAUGUCCUGAGCCUCUGGGCACACUACAGAUGUAAAAUCUCACUUUGUGUCCUACCUUGUUGCCUCUGUUUUCUAUUAUUCCACCCCGCCCUUUUUAUUAAUGGAUCAGAUGUUGUAAAGGCUCCAUUAAGAUUGUACAGGACUUACAUUUAGGUUUAGCCAUUAUGGCUUCCUGUGAAAAUCCAUUAAAGGAGAACACCUGAAAAAAAUGCACAUACAAAAUGUAUUUGGUGAAGAAACCUUGUGACCUUCCUGUUGCGAAGGACUGCAUUUCAGUACUUCUGAUAUUAAUGAAAUGUUACAAAUCCUGUGCAUAUCUAUACUUAGUCCAAUGACCCAUUUAAAAAUGCUGUGUCCACUUAAGAAGCAUUUGCAUCCUGUACCCAUUUUGGUAUAAAUCUUCCAGUCAACAGGAUUAAAUGGAGUGCCGCUUGCUGUAGCAGCAUGCAGACUAGACAUGUUUUCUCCAGCAGCUGGUAUGGUUCUACUUCUUUUAAUUAUGAUCUGUUGGGGUUUAUUUCAGGUGAACAUGUUAAAAAAUUUAUGGACUGCAAGAACACAGAUAGAGUAUCAUACAGUACUGUUGUGGCUAGGCCUGAGCCAAGAGCAGUGAUAUGAGUUUUAAGUAGACCUAAGUCUAUCCAAUAUCUUUACUGUAUUUCACUAUGUGUAAUAAAGCAGUAACUUCUUUUUCA